AUGACAGGAAUUGCAUAUCAAUAUUCUCUGGAAUUCAGAGACAACAGUGAAGAGCCAAAGGACUUGAACUUUGAUAGUGAUAAUUUUUAUAACCCAGAAAAUAGCGAUUAUGAAUCAUUAGAGAAAAGAGAACAUUUUUUCAUAGAAAUUAGCCAAGUCAUAAAAAACAAUGAGGCCAUCAAACCAGAAAUAUUCUGCAAUGUGCUCUCAUCAGAAAUCUCUGCAGUGAGACUUUUACUUCUCUACAAAAAAAAAUACUUUAAGCAAAAUGAAGUUUUGAUAUUUAAGCAGGAAGGCUCAAAAAAAUUUCUCAUUUUCUGGCCAAUAACAAUGCUCACUGGGUUUUAA